GCUCCCCCAGCUGUUUCCUGUCUACAGUGUCUGUGUAAUGUAGAUAAAUGUGAGGAUUUUCUCUAAAUCCCUCUUCUGUUUGCUAAAUCUCACUGUCACUGCUAAAAUCAGAGCAGAUAGAGCCUGCGCAAUGGAAUAAAGUCCUCAAUAUUGAAAUGUGACAUUGCUCUCAACAUCUCACAUCUCUCUGGAUUUCUUUUUUCUCAUCAUUACUGCUAACAAAUUCAUUUCCAGACUUUGCACUUUUAAGAAGCAAUGGAAAAAAUCAACAGUCUUUCAACACAAUUAGUUAAGUGCUGCUUUUGUGAUUUCUUGAAGGUGAAGAUGCACACUGUGUCCUACAUUCAUUUCUUCUACCUUGGCCUGUGUUUGCUUACCUUAACCAGUUCUGCUGCUGCUGGCCCAGAAACACUCUGUGGUGCUGAGCUGGUUGAUGCUCUUCAGUUCGUGUGUGGAGACAGAGGCUUUUACUUCAGUAAGCCUACAGGGUAUGGAUCCAGCAGUAGACGCUUACACCACAAGGGAAUAGUGGAUGAAUGCUGCUUCCAGAGUUGUGACCUGAGGAGGCUGGAGAUGUAUUGUGCUCCAAUAAAGCCACCUAAAUCUGCACGCUCUGUACGUGCUCAGCGCCACACUGAUAUGCCAAAAGCACAAAAGGAAGUGCAUUUGAAGAAUACAAGUAGAGGGAACACAGGAAACAGAAACUACAGAAUGUAAGAACAUGCCAUCUACAAGAACGAAGAAUGAAUGUGCCAUCUGCAGGAUACUUUGCUGUAAAUAAAUUAUUUGUUAAACAUUGGAAGACUUAAAAAAAACCCUAUGAUUUAAUAAGCUUGAUGCAAUCUCAACCAAUGGGCAUUCUCCCAGUGAACAAUGCAACUAAACAUUCCAAUAUUAAGUCUUUAAAGAACAGAACAUUUUAACCAGCCCAGAGCUAAAAAAUUCUGUGGUUGAUAUAUUACUGUUUGUUAACCUGUUUUAAAUGUCCUGCACAAAAUCUCUUUAAGUCCUGUGCCCCUCAAAAGCCUACAAAUUUAUGGGCCUUUGAUGGAUCCAAUUGCACUAAAUUAACCUAUGAACAUUGGCUGCUGGAGUCAUUCAUCAGCCUUGUCUAAGUGGUGUUUUUUUAUUUGCACUUCUAUACAAGCAACAGGCUGUUUGUUUUACAGUGUCUGACAACAUUGUUUUUCUACCCCUUCAUAUUUGCACAGUUUGACAUUCCCAGUAACAGCAGCAGUAAGGUAACAUAUACAGUUUUAAACAUCCAUUAAUUCCAUCUGUGGCAUUUUGACAGAAUAUGGGUUAUAGAUGUAUUUGUUUUAAGACAGUUUAAUUUUUCCUUCUCUUGCAAAGAUGCAGUUUAUUGCAAUUUGUGAGACAAAAGAUUUUUAAAAGCAGUCGAAGUAUACAUAGGCUCUAAAAUCAUUAAUGAUUCUUCCAGGUAAUUAUUUUGCAACAGUAUAGGUAACUUCUUUCUUCCUCCAUAUAAUGCAGUAUGUAAAAUUUAGCAUAUCAAUAAUUCACAUAUAUCAAACAGUAUGUAAAAAUCUCUGUUUUAUAGUACAACGGUGCUAUUUUAUAGUUUGUUACAUGAAAGGGUCUGGCCAAAAUGGUAAUAGGUAAAAGCAAAUAUGAAAAGAUAAGCCAAAGAUUAAAUAACAAAAUAGUUUUUAAAAUAUUCAGUUUCCAUGAACUAAAAUGGCUUCAGAUUCCAACAUGGGAAUAACUUUCCCAUCUUCAAAAGAAAAUUCAGACAUUUGUUUCCUUUUAGACGUUUGAAUGGUGGUGUUUCCACUUCCAGCUAUGUGGAACACAAAUUCAUAGAUGCCUAGGCCCAAAGAAGACAGUUUGGAAAAUAGCCUUCAAAUUACUUCAAAGGGUAGUGCAUCAGGGACUAAAUCUUUUUGGAAAUAUCAGCAUUCUAUUCAAAUGUAAGUGUUAUGUUACUCAAGUUCUCUGCCAGUUGAAUUCUUCCCACAAUCAGAUGUGACUUCACAGCAACUAGGGAGAUGUUCAAUUAGAUCUGCAAAGGAAGUAUCUCUUUCUAAAGGCUCAAAUCUGCCUUACUUUCUACCACAUCCAUGGGAGUAGGUGACUGAACUAUUGACUAAAACAUGAGAGAAGAAUCUCUGCAAAUUGCAUACUGUACAGCUCCUCAGUAGUAUCUCGUAAAACAGACGUGAAAGGGAGGUCUUUCAAGUCUAACAAAUUAUUAUAGUUACUUUUAUCCUCAUAAAAAAAUGGGGUUUGUAUUUUUUCCAAGGAAAGUGUAAUGUAUAUGCAAUUCUUUAAACCCUCCACUUCCUGUGAGAUGCGUGUUUCUAUGCACAACAGGCUGCCAUCACAAUGUGAAAGCAGAACAGUGAACGAAUAAAAAGAAUAUGCCACAGCUGUCACUGACUGAGAUUGUUGUGUUGAAAGAAGAAGGAUGUACAGAGAACCAGAUGGGGAAAUUAACUUAAAUUAUUUACCACCAAUUCAAGAAACAAAGUUAGCAAUUCUGAUAUCUAUAUUACAGCUCUUACAGGUCUUUUUUGGCAGAGGGGAUGGAGAGGGAAGUAUUUUUACCUCUGUGGCUGUUAAGAAUUCUGAAAUGUAUUCUACAAAUAAGCCAUUAUUUUGGUGCCACAGACAUAAUGCAUAUUUCAAUUUCAUGUCCUGUGACUCUUUCUGUCCCCUACUUCCUCUGAAGUUCUAAAGGAAGGAGGGAGGAAAGGUGUGAACACAAAAAGUAAUUUACAGAUCUCUGUGGUAGCAAGCUUCUUUGUAGAUAACAUUUUACUGAUGUACUACUAACGUAACUGAAUAACCAUACAUAAUUGUGCUAUUUUAAUGCCUGUAAAUUAAUUCUGAUUUUGGUCUUAUCUUGCGAUUCAUGCAUUCACAUUCAUACCACCAUGUAUCUCCCGUUGAGACACCAUAAUUAGAAAAUGUCACUCAUAGACAGUGAUAUCUAACAUUAGAUCUUGCGAACUGCCUAAACAGAAUAGAACAAUUCUUGAAAGAAACUACAAUAAAUAAUGAAUAGCUAUAAGCUUCAAAGGCAACACUUCAUUUUACUAGAGAAUAAAUGAUAUCACAAAAUGGAGAGUGGCUCCACCACUGUAGCAAUAAGAAGUGCAUGGAUGGGAAAUACACAUUUGCAUAAGAAAUCUCCAGUCACAGGGCAGGCAGCACAUGAUAUACCAGUCAGUAUGAAAGGUAAAGGGCUGCAUUAGCUUAAUAAUCUCAAUAAAUCCACUACUUAAAUAGGUUGAAGCAUGAGCCAAAACAUGUCCCUCCCAAAACUACAAAGUAGCCUGACUUGAAAAACUUCUAAUUAGAGAAACUGAAGGGUUCAGCUGGAUUUUCAAAAGCACUCCAAAUAUUUAGGAACAGGCCCCCUUGAAUGGCAUUGGUUCUCAUAAAUCACUUACAUAGUGAAGAAAAUCCCACUCCCCAUCCUUGUAUAUCAUGUAAAUCACAUGACAGAAGUCACAGAUUUCUGCAUUCUAAAACAGACAUAAGAUUCCAGUUAUUACACAGAAUGUCGCUGAAGCGCAGAAGUGAAAAAGUGAAAUAAGCCUCAUUUUUUUCAGGUAGUUCAAAAAGGACUGCAGAUCUAGACUCACGGAACUUAAUAUAUCUCUUUCACCAAGGUAGUAAAAUCUGAGCCUCAUGUCCAUAGUAACCAUGAUUAAUCAUUAAGAGUUUAAAUGUAAAAUAAAUACAUCCAAUAUUCUGCUCAAAAAGUAAUUACAAACAUAUACUUAGAUUUGUGUGAAAGACUUGUAGAAGCGUAUUUGCACCAUUCAGUCAAGCGACAAAAGAGAAUCAAAUAACAGGAUACUGCAUUCAGUCCCUUAAAGUAGCCACCUUUUGCCCAAGACACAUUGCAAUGUCAGUUCCUUUUUUAAGAUUAAAGGGUAAAUUAGUGGUGGGCUUCCUUUACAGAAGUGAAUUCCAUACACAACUAGUAGCUAUGUUCAGUUGCCCCAUGAACUGGCUGCUGAAUUAUUAUCAAUGCUUGAUUAAUGAAGACUCUAGGCCAAGCAUUGUGUCUUCUUGGCUCUCCGUUUUAACAAGCAAGUGCAUGACAAGACAGGAUCAGAAAAGUGUAUGCAUAUUUGCUUUACCUUUUACUGAUUUGGCCAACAAUGCCAAAGUGGUGCUAUUGUUUUGUUUAAGAAAGUACUUGACUAAAAUAUAAAAGAAAGCAUAAAUAUUUUUUUAAUGUAUGAAAAUGACAAUUAUAUAGGUAUGGUUAUUAAAAUAGAAAUACUACUAGCCAUAAUUUUCAACUUUUUGUCACUCAGCAAUGGCAGAGGAAUCUUUCAGCAAUGGCAGAAGAAUCUUACAUCAAUGGAGACGGGGCAGGAAUAAGAGUCAAAAUGCCACAAAAAUUCAUCGACUUGAAGCACAACUCUGAAUCUUUACUCCAAAUCAGAAAUACAGAUGUGGAAAAGUAAUUAAAGUCAGGGAACAAUUGGUAUGACUGAAAGCCUGUUCAGAUUAAGGCAAGUUCUAUAUCAUGCCAAAGAUCUUUAAGCCAUACUCUAGCCUGAAAUUAGUGAAGAGUUUGACUUAAAGUCAGUGGCACAAUAUGACUGACAUUUUCAUUGAGCAUACAUUUUUAUUUUUACCUGCUUACCUUCUCACUCAUGGCAUGCCCCCAAAUGUCAAUAUUACUUAAAAAAAAUAGCACAAGGAAAUGCAUCUGAUUUUAACAAAGAAUGAAAAAAAAUUAUUCCUAACAUAAACUGUUGCUAUUUUUAAUUCUUACCAGCUUCAAACUGUGAGAAAAAGUUGAACUAUAUGGCUAACAGUCUGUGAAUUUUUUUUAACUUUAUGUUGUCACUAUGAACAUCCUAACAUGCAAAAUUACAGAUUUCAUUGUUUUGUUUUGAAAUGAUGGUAAAUUAAGCCCAAAUAGAGAUUCUCAGAACCUAUAGGCUAGAUAGAAUACUUAUGUUCUGAUGAAGGUAUAAUCAAUAUAUUUAAAAUGUUUUAUUUUUAGUCUGAAAAGGAAUAGUAAUAAUUUAUUUGGGGACUCAACCUAUACUGGUCCCUCUUUUAAGGAUACUGUUCAGUGCAAGCAAGUCUUCCAAAUGCCAAACUUCUAUUCAAAACCAACAUUCACUCCUCCCUCCUCCUCUCCCCAGCAAACCUAGCUAAAACAUUAUUGCAACAUAAUUUUAUUAUUUGUCUAUUUGUUUUGUGGGGUGUUUGUUUGUUUGUUUUGGUUCACUUUGUUUUGAUUUGGGGAGGCAGGGGUAAGGAGGAAGAGAUGAGGCUUUCAAGUGAUUAAGGUUUUUUCCUCUUGAGUACAAUCUACAAAAAAUAAAGAAUUUGCCUUGAUGAGAUUACUAAUUACCUAAUUCAUCUGUAGAAGUAGCAUUAAGUAAAACAACUAGCUUAAAGUUGUCUUGAAAGAAGAAAAAGUUCUUAACACAAACUUUUUACUCAUUAUAAUCCUACACUAUACAUUAUUCUUCUCACAGCAUUGGAAUAUUCUAUUGGACUAUAACUGUCCCAACACACAGUAUCUGAUAUAUCUAAAUCUUUGAUUAUUUACAUGAAGGGUGUUAUGGGAAUAUCUGAAAACUUGAUUACAUAUAGUACAGUAUAGAGAUACCAGUCUAGCAGAGACCAAAACAAGAAGGACCUCCCUGAUGCUUACAUUAGGAAAUCUUAUACUAGUUGCAUAAAGGGUGUGAGGGUAUGUAUAUAUAGAUAUAUACAUAUAUAGGCAUAUGUAUGUAUAUGUGUAUAUAUAUGAAAUGUUACAAUGUGCGUAUGUACAUGUGUGUGUGCAUGUGUAUAUUAUGCUUUUCUUCUUUUUCCUCUCAAGCAAAAUUUGAAUUUCUUGCUUUUUAAACCUUUCUCAUGGUUUAUUUUCAAUAAUCUAAUUGGAAUCUAAUUUUAGAAGAACAUUGUAUAACAUGGGUGCCACAAGUUAGAUCCUACCUUUGUUUUUCACACUUAAUGAAAUUACCUGAUUUUUAAAUCGUAAGACACUUCUUCGCUGUCAUCAGGAAAAUCUAUUUAUCUGUACAGAUAUAAAAUAGUAACUCUGAGGGCCUUAUUAUGAAAACACUUAUGAAAAAUUUCUUUUAUUUCAUUCUUCUCCAGACAAUUUCUGUUAAGUGAGACUUUUUACAGUGUAACAUCCCUUCAAACUAAGAAUAAUGCUUAAUAUAAACAGAGAAAAACGAAAAUUUCUGACAUUUAAUAAUAUCACCUAAAUUAUACAUUUGUCAAUUAGAUGGUUUUUGUAAGAAUAAUUCAUACCUCUCUAUAGUACCCUUAACUAUUUCAGAAGCUGAAAAGAUUUAGCACUGUAAAUUUCUAUAUGCCAAAUUAUUUAUAAUAAUUUUUGAUUUCUCUGAAUUCUUCAGUAACUUUUUAUUUUGCCAACUUGGCUCACAAAAGUAAUAAAAAGCAUCAACAUGAGACUUCUGCUGCUAAACAUUCUUUCCCACACAUAUUUAACAUACUUACAACCACCUAGAAGAUUCAUGUAUUCACACUUGGUUUAAAUUCUUAAACAGUAAAAAUAUAGUUGGGAGGUGGUUUUUUACAUUUUAAAGUUAUGAAACAUUUCUUAACUAAAUCAAAGACAUUCCAUCUUAUUGUAUUUUACAUGCAUUAGUAUAAUCUCAUUCCUCUAAAGCAACAACAAAAUACCUGCGAAACAAAAAAAGACUCUAUCUUGAUAAAUAGGGUCAUGCCUCAUGUACUCGUGUUAAAGAAAAAGGUUUAACCAGAUAAUUAUAUUUACAACAAUGAAAUUCAUGUUAUGUACUGAAAUAUUUAACUUUGUAAAUUUUAAAAUCAGGUGAAUGUGCCACUCUUCCUUGUUUACUGGCAUUAACGUUGUUUAUUGUAUGAAAAAGCCCAUUUUAACAACUAUCAAAGACAAAGGAUCCAAGACCAAUAGACUAAAGUGUUACCAAUGGAAGAGGUAAAAUGCCCUUGUUUUGUGCACAGGUAUGAAUUCUAUCUUAAUUUUUUUUUUAUUACUAGAAUUUCAAAUCAAAUUUAUAUAAAUACUGCAUAAGAAUUAUAAUACUCUUUAUUAUUUCCACUUAUAGAAAAGUUUAAAUAUAAUAAAGCACAUGCAAGUUACAAUGUACGAUACAGUAUUUAAAUCUUACCUAUUCAUUUAUUACCAUUUCUAAGGAAUUAGUUUGACAGAAUUCUAUAAAAAUCCUGUGAUGAAAAACAACUGUUAAAAGUGUAAAAUGAUAAUAGUUGCCUGAUUAAACUAAGUCUCAUCAAACAUGAGUCAUAAAGUGUUCCACUGAAAGCAUACAGGAACUUCAUAAUGUUCUGAACAGCUUCACCUGUAGUCUGAUACUUCGUGUUGCUUUUCUAAGAAUGUAAUGGUUCUGUUUUAUAAUUUCUUAAUCCUUAGAGUCUUUGGGUUGAAUAUUAAACAUGUUUAGCAAGCCUCAGGAUCUAAGGAAACAAAGUUAAAGUAGAAGAAGCAGCACCAUCUGCUGCUGAUAAUCAAAUCAUACAUGAACUUUCUCUACUCCCAAAUUAUCUGCAAAGCUACUCAGAAGUACUAAAUGAAGAGAUCAAUAGCACUUGGUUUUCAGGAGGACACCCUUCCCAAAACGAAUAUUAACUAUCUUCCCUUUCUUCACUGUUGGACUUCAAUUGGUAUCCUGAUUCAAUCUGGGGUUUCCAUGAUGCAAGCAUGAAUGUGGAUACAUGAAUUUCUGAUUUCACUACUGAAUAAUGCUACUAUUAACAUUUCAAGUCAUUAUAAUCAAACAGUGGCAAGUGUUAGAUGUUAAUUCACUAAAAACAAUUUAAACUCUCUAUUAAAGCUCUAACUGGAUUUAUUCUUUCCUUUUUUUAUUUUCUUGUGCUUACUCAUAAUACAAUGUCACUACUGGAUGACAAAUAAUAUUUCAUACUGUGUAUGUAACAUCAUUGUGUUGCAGAAUCCCCCAAAUACCUCAACAAUGUCUUUGUUGCGCUAUUCUCCCCAUUUAGCACUUAUAAGCUUUUCUGGUAACAACCAAUAAAUCAAAAAACAGAGCUCUCGAUAUGUACAAAUAUUAAAAAAAAUAGAAUUUUUGCUAGUUUGCAGUUCAUGUAAUGUCAUCUUGACCAUUCUCUUCCCCUCUCUGUACAAGCUGUCUAGAACAGUAAACUUUGCUCCAUAAAUAAUAGUCUAUUCAUGCUUUUAUAUGCAUUUAUGGUAGGUAAAGGUUGGAAGAGGUAGUUGACUGAUUUUCACUUUUAUCUACUUUGAUUUCAGUAAAGGGCUUUGUCACUCUGUAUACAUAAAGGCUAAUGCACCCUUUGGUUUGUAGAAUGUACUGAAAUGUUUGCAACCCUCUUGGUAUCAGGUCCAAAAUGUGAAGCAUUACUGUUAAGAGGGUAUCUUUCUAAUGUAUUUGUAUGUAUAGUUUACACCUCUGUGAGGUCUAAUAAAGGAUUAUGGUUAAUUAAAAAUGUGUUGCAACUUCCUCAUCCACAAA